GUCGGUUUCCAUUUGGCCCACGAGGCGAUUGGCCACGGAGCAGUAACUACGUGCGUCAACGUUGGGAUUUUUUGCACUAUCGAUCCAUCCGACGUUGCUUUGUUAUGUAGUGAAUAUUUAGAAUCAAAUGUCAUUCGUUCUUAUAAAAAUUGAUUGGGGCUUCUAGAAUAGUUAUUAGGCGUAACUGAGGUUUUCACGAGAUAAUAUUAUGAAAUAGAUUCCUGCUGAACGAUACGGAAGUGGAGCGCAAAGAAGUUACAGCCAAGUUUUAGCCAAUUCUAAAAGGUGUGGGGUUACACGCACACAAAGAUAAUUAGCUUUAGCAUUCAGCAAAGAAAGAAUGAAUAUUUCAUGACACCCAACGUCAUCAGAAAUAUAGCUUAUCUUACAUUAAAUAUAUAAGAACGUUGAAUACUAUAAGUGCAAUGACGUUUAAUCAUUAAUGAAUCACGAUGUUGUAUCAUCGCAUGACAAUAAAUUUCAUCAGCCAGUUUGUGGAAUAUUCUACCUCGCUACCUUGUCCCUCGAUACAAUCUUUUCCUUUGUUACAUUUUAACUAAAACACUCACAUUUGAAUAUUUCGAAUCUCAUUUGAAUAAUUUUGAAUGUUUAAAGUAUAAUAAGUUCUAAUCUUAAGAAUGAAAGUAAGCGAAAUCAUUUUUUAGAGAUCGAACCAUGUAGCUUUGUGGUGAUUCGUGAUUUUAUCAAUUUCCGUUACUACACGUGCUUUAAAGAGUCUUCACAUACAUAUUACUCCUCACACUUGACUAUGACGCACGUAUGUAUAUAUAUAUAUAUAUAUAUAUAUAUAUGCUAUGAUCGUGAUUCUUCAAAUAACUGAAAAUAUGUACAAGUUAGGAAUGCCGUUUUAGCAACUGAAAUUAACGAUGAUGACAACUAAACAAGUUGUCUACACCGAGCAUCGUUUUGCUGAAAAAUUAAUCGCACAGGCAUUAAAAUGUAUACUUUGUUGUUUGAUACGACAUUUUAUUUAGAGAAGGCUGAUAUGUCUCAUGCUUUUAUCUGUCGACACAUCGGUUUCAUGAAAUUUCUUGAAAAUUUUCUCAGAAUGCAGCUUAUGUGAUAAAGCACGAAACCAACGACCAUAACUAAUUGCGGUAAAGUUCGCGAACUCUGUAGAAACUUCCAACCAGCUAGUGCAUGCGCUCGAUACGCUGUUAAUUAUGAGUGUGAGAAAAUCUCCAGUCAUACGUUACACACACACACGUUUUAACGCCUAUGAAAGCAUGUUUGUCGAUGUAUGCAUGUAUGUACGUUUUCAUAAUGCACACGAACACGUAAGAGAUUAAUAAUGAUUCUCAGGUAAGAUAUAACUUUGAUAUCGAUCGAAAGUCCCACCCUCCCAAUUCGCUUCAGAGACUUUUCGUUCAAGUCAAAAAUAUGUUCUUUAUAUAAAUGAUUUUUCGUAUAGCAACAAUUUAUAACGUUCGUAUAUUAUAACUGUUUCGUACGAAUGAAAUAAAGGUACGUAAAUAAAAUACGAGGGGUAGGAUGAGAAUUUUCGAAGGAUUUUCGUGCUCAUUGUAAGGCUUCCAUCUGCUAAAGCUGAUGGGUAGGUAGUAAGUAGACAAAGGAAAGGAAACGGUUAUUGCCAGGUGUAAAACGUUUGAAAACGUUUUAACGGUCUUCUGAACAUUGCCAGGGUCUCAAGCUCAAGGGCCAUAUCGACUGCACAGCUAUCCAAAACGAUUCCCAACCGUCAGUUUGGUGUGCACACGUGCAAAAAUUAAAUUUUCAUUAUGCAAUAUAAAUGCUAUGAUAAUUGAGCUUAUGUUUAUGUAAGAAUGUUUCUUCCUGCGUACAUCUUUUAAACAAGAUAUUUUUCAUAUCCAAAGACGGCAAACAUUUUGUUGUCUACGUAGAAAGGCUCAUAGGUUUAUACAGAUUUAUUGUUACACAUCUGUGCAAAAAUGAUAUUCUUAUCAGGUAGAGAAAGUAAUGGAAUAUUGAUUUAGUAGAAUAACUUCUGUUGAUAACGAAUAAAACCUUUUUGAAGUGUGAGAGGGCGUUCGAUGUUUCAUUACAGAUUGUGUUGUGCGUUAUGCAGUGAAAUUGGCAUUUGAAAUAAGCUUUAUUCUUAAACAAAUUAAGCGGUUAUGAUUCUGUGUUUAAUGUACUGACAUAAAAGAUUUUUGACGAAGAACAUUGAAUAUAAACAGGGAUUUGACUGUGUAGAAGUAUUUACUUAGAAGUAUGUAACGCUUAGCUAACCCUGAUAUUGUUUAAGUUCAUCGUCAACGAGAGAGAGCGUGAACCUAGCGUGUUUAUAAGUUUCCCAAAAAAUAUUGUGCGAUAUAUUAAUAAAGGUAUUAUCAUGGCAUUGUGCGAACUUGAUAAUUAUGUAUUAUAUGUAUUAAUUACAUAAAUAUGUGUCGUAUGCUACUAUACUUUAAUGGUACAAAGAAUAUGUUCCGGCACUUUGUUUCGUAAAAUGAAACGAUGAAAGGGUGGUCUAUCUGUCUAAUCAACAGACCAACUUAAAAGAAACUUAUUUAAAACGCAUUCAAUCAUGUGGAAAAUCCAUUUUACAUGUUACAUGAACGAAGCUAGAUUUUUGUUAUCGUCCAGUUACCAUCAAUAACCCAGGCUAGCAACAGGUCCAAUUUUUCAAUGUUGUUCCUGUCUAGUCCUGGAGCCAACCGACUGUGUCAUCUGCUAUGCAUUCAACAGUUCUAAUAAUAUAUUAUUUGUACAAUGUGCUCAUGGAUGUAUAUAAUAGGCCCCAAACUGCUAACACUAAUGCAAAUGUCCAAUUUUCGUUGCCAUUUUUCAAAUGGUUCCAAAUUGAUUGGACUUUGGGCUCAUUGGUGAAAGUGGUGUGGCCAUACAACGCGCUUUAUAUUAUUUAAUCCAUGGGUUGUUUUAUCCAGAGUUUGUGUUUAUGCUUAAACGAUAACUCUAGCAUUAAAAUGUUAGAUUUAAUUAUUUGCUUGCUACACGCAAAUUAGUUAAAUCUUCGAUAAAAUAAAGUGUUAUGUGCAAGCAUGCGUCUUGAUUAAACUUUUAUACGUUACUGGUUGUUGAAUCUUACAGUAUUUUAGUACAUCUUUAUUAUACAAAUAAUGGAUGCGGAUAAAGAAAUGCCUCAAGAAACAUCGGAAUCGAACAUGGUGCCCCCAAACGAAGAUAUAAGCGAGAAUGCCUUCGAUUACCAGUACUCAAGUAUCAAGACAGAAAUAAAUUCGGAUAGUCAGAUGUCAGAUAGAAGCUAUUUCAGUACGGCAGUGAAGGAGGAAACUGCCUUCGCUGAUGACACGAAUAUAUAUAACAGUCCCACUAGUGAAAACUGUAUAAUGGAUUGUAGUAAAACAGACAGUAUUGAAGCUCCCGAUGAAUUGCGGCAGUUUGAUGUUCUCGAUGAUCUGGAGCAUAAUCCAGAUCAGAACUGCUCUGAUAUGGAGUCUGAAAGCGUUGAGAGUAUAGACACUGAUGUACCUGAUGAAGAAAUUGAGGCCAUGCUUGAAGAAGGUUUACCAGAUGAGUUUAAAAGCAAACGAAAAGACAUGAAGGAUCACGUACCAUACGAAGAGAAAGAGAAGCUUGUCUUGGACGAAAUUGGACACAAUCAUUUUGACGUGCUUCCUGAGGGGUGGGUACAGGUGACACACAAUAGCGGGAUGCCCUUAUAUUUGCAUAAACUGAGCAGAGUUUGUACUCUCGCAAAACCCUAUUUCCUCGGACCCGGUAGCGUAAGAAAACAUGAAGUUCCUGUCAGCGCGAUUCCCUGUCUUCAAUACCAAAGAGCUCUUCGAGAAGAGGAAGAAGAACGGAAGAAACAGAAGGAUCGCGAUCCGAGCGUAGAGACUUGUAGUCUCCCGAGUGCCAAGAUCGAAACGAUACAAGAGAACCGAGCAGCUCAUUCAUUAGAUAGUGAACAAUUAAGAGAAUAUUGCCAAUCGCUGUUCCGCUUUAAAUCUAUCAAAGUAAUGAGGUUCCAAUCGUGGUCGGCAAGAAGAAAAUUCACGAAGAAUAAAAAGCAUCGUAAGCAGCUUGAACGGCCAACUUUGCCCGAUGGGACGAAGCUAAUAACAUUCCCAGUCAGUAGUUCCGGUGUAGCGGGUAGUAGCGGUCACACUGGUGAUGACAGUAGUGGGCAAAGACCUCCUAAGCAUUGGAUAAUGAAUCCCUCUGGCAAAAGCUACGUUUGUAUACUACACGAAUAUGUACAACAUGCACUUAAGAAGCAGCCGACUUACAAAUUUAAGGAGUUGGAAAACGCGGCCACACCAUAUUCUGCUGUUGUCUGUAUAAAUGAUAUGGAGUACGGGAGUGGUUUCGGGAGUAGCAAGAAACAAGCGAAAGCUAACGCUGCCCGAAAGACACUUGAGAUUUUAAUUCCACAAAUGAGAGACAAAAUAUCUGGUGAUAAUAGCAAUGACACGGCGUCCGGCAACAACAGCCGAAUGAUUAAGGCAUCUAGGGCUAACUCCGAUGCAGAUUUAUCGUUUUUCGAUGAAAUAUCAAUCACGGACCCACGAGUUGCCGAGUUCUGCGCUAAAACAACGGAACCGUCACCGCAUGCUAUUUUAAUUACCUGUCUGCAAAGAAAUUACGGUCUGGGCGACAUGCACAUCAAGUACUCUGUAAAUACGCUAAAGCAUCAGCGCAAUGAAUUUACGAUGCGUGUUGGAAAACACGAAGCCACUGUCGUGUGCCGCAACAAGAAAGAUGGUAAACAACGUGCAGCCCAAGCCAUUCUGCAACUAAUGCAUCCUCACAUUCAAUCUUGGGGUUCCCUGUUAAGGCUGUACGGAUCUCGUAGUGUGAAAUCUUUUAAAGAAAAGAAACAGUUGGAACAAGAGAUCACGCUGUUGCAAGGCAAGGCCGCUGUGAAUCAACCGAAUCACGCUAUAUUGAGCAAGCUUAGGCAAGAGAUGCGGAAAUUGGCGGAACAGAGGCAAGCGAUUCAACCUAUCGGUAAGUUCGUACCGCUCGAUUUGCCAACCGGAUCCGCUGCUAACUUAAACAACGUGGACUUAUAACGUGCUAGUCAACAUUUUCAUAUGGGUACUGAUGUAUCUUGUAAGAUUUUCAGCGAGAUUUCUUUCCAUACAUUUAGGGUUUCAUGUGUAACGCACAAAGUAUUUUCUACGUGUAACGUUUCUAGUGUAAACAUGAAGUAGACUUCCGAAUGGUGCUAAUUUAUAUCAACUAUUAUAUUCAGUUUUUAUUUUUUAUGUAAAAAUGUAAUUUCUUUGUGACCGAUCUGAUAUCUGUAAGGCCGAUAACUAAGUAACGAUUGCGCGUGUGUGUGAGAGAUACAGAGAGAAAAUAAGAACCCGAGGCAGAUAGACCUAAGAACAAUUUUUUAAGAUACAACUGAUCGCUGAAAAAUGAAAAGAAUACGGGUGAAGUACUACCUCACUCAAUCGAUUAAUAGUACACAGUGCGAGAAUUAAUAUUAGACACGUAAGUUAUUGGUUCAAAUUUGUGCUAUGAUUAGAGUGCAUCAUAAAUGACAUAAUAGUAAAUGGAAGGUAAUCGUAUAUUCUUAGAGAACUGAUUACAAUAAAGUAUACUUCCGGUCUAUAAGUGUUAAGGCAUCAACCGCUAGAUAUUUGUUAUUAGUAAUAGUUACAAUGUGUUCAAACGGGGUUUAAAGACAAGGGUAAAU